AUGUCAAAAAUUGUUAACCCAGAAGAUUUUGAUAGGAUUGUAUCAGCUGAGAUUCCUAAUGAAAAUGAGCAGCCAUAUUUAUACUCACUUGUUCUAAAGCACAUGAUCCAUGGUCCUUGUGGCAUUUUUAACCCUACAAAUGUUUGCAUGCAAAAGCAUGGAAAAUGUAGAAGUCAUUAUCCAAAACCUUAUUGUCCAGAAACUUAUCACGGUGAAGAUUCUUAUCCUAAAUAUAAGCGACGAAAUAACAAUAAAAAAGUCAAAAUUCGCGGACAUUACCUAGAUAAUGGAUGGGUAAUCCCAUAUAAUUCAUAUUUGCUAUGUAAAUUUGAUUGUCAUAUUAAUGUUGAAAUUUGUUCUACUAUUAAAGCCGUAAAAUAUUUAUAUAAAUAUGUAUACAAAGGUCAUGAUCGAAUAAGCUUUUCUGUAAAUAGUGAUAAUGCUCCAAAUGAUAUUGAUGAGAUUCAACAAUUUCAGUCUGCUAGGUGGAUUUCUCCACCUGAAGCAACAUGGAGAAUAUUUGGAUUUACUUUGAGUGAAAUAUAUCCAUCAGUACUUCCAUUACAAUUACAUCUUGAAGAUAGUCAAUUAAUUACAUAUAAUAAAUCAGAUAAUCUUACUAAAGUAAUUACCUGUGAAUUUUUAACUAGAACAAUGUUAACUGAAUUCUUUAAAAUGAAUGCUACUAAUAAAAAAGCUAAGACAUUAUUGUAUAAAGAGUUUCCUGAACACUUUGUUUGGAAUAAACAAUUUAAAAUUUGGACUGAAAGAAAGAAACAAAAAGUGAUCGGGAGAAUUGUCACAGCAAAUCCAAUGGAAGGUGAACGCUAUUAUUUACGCAUAUUAUUAAAUCACAUUAGAGGACCCACAUCAUUUGCUGAUUUGAAAAAUGUAAAUCAUAUUCACGUAUCUUCAUUUCGUGAAUCUGCUUUAUUACAUGGACUAUUAGAAGGAGAUAACUAUUGUGAUUUAUGCUUAGAAGAAGCAUCCUUAUACAAAAUGCCAUUUGCAUUACGUCGUUUAUUUGCCACACUUUUAAUAUUUUGUAGUCCUAACAAUCCAAAAGAACUAUGGGAAAAAUAUAAAAGUUUUAUGUGUGAAGAUUUUAUUCAAGAUGGCAUAUUAUUAGCUGAUGCAGAAGUAAGAGCUUUAAAACACAUUAACUUAAUUCUAGAACAAAGUGGAAAACAUAUAAAUGAUUAUCAUUUGGUUUGCUACAAUGUUAAUUUAGAAGAACAAGAAUUAAUAAAUAAUGCAAUUCACGAAGAAAUGAGUAUAAUUGUCACAAAUGAUGACCUUGCAUCUAUACAUAAUUUGAACGAAGAACAAAAAUAUGCAUUUAAUCUCAUUUUAGAACGAGUUUUUACAAAUAAUGGAGGGAUGUUUUUUAUUGAUGGCCCUGGUGGAACUGGAAAAACUUAUUUGUACCGUGCUUUACUAGCUAAAAUAAGGUCAAAAAAAUUAAUUGCUCUUGCAACAGCAUCUUCUGGAGUUGCAGCCAGUAUAUUACCUGGUGGUCGGACUGCUCAUUCUAGAUUUAAAAUUCCACUUCAAUUACACAAUAAUAUUACAUGUAGUAUUAGUAAGCAAUCAGCGUUAGCCAACUUGCUACAAAUUACAAAAUUAAUCAUAUGGGAUGAAGCUCCAAUGAUGCAUAGACAAACAAUCGAAGCUUUAGAUAGAAUGUUACAAGAUGUAACUGAGUGUAAUUUACCAUUUGGUGGAAAAGUUGUUGUAUUUGGUGGUGAUUUUCGUCAAGUUCUACCUGUUGUUCCUAAAGGAAGAAAAAAAGAUAUCAUCAAUGCAAGUUUAAAAUUGCAACAGGAGAGUAUAUUGGUAAACGAACGGAUUGGAGGCCGAGUUGAUGCAGAGCGCCAUGGCUCUUCAACAAGCAAAAAGGUUACUUGCAACAAUACUAUAUGUGGCCGUCGGAAUCGUUGCCUUGAAUUAGGCAGUUGCCCUUACAUGGUCUCUUAUGUCUCAGGAGAAACGUCUUCUUCUGGAGUAUUGAUAGAGGAUGUCCUGCACUUGAAAAGGGAAGAUAAAUAUCAGGAACUUGUUGAGGCAUACGUCACUUUCGGUUGUGGAGAGGUUCAAAGCGGUUCAUUCCUUGAUGUUGCAGCUCCCAAUGGUUUAUUUGGGCUUGAAAUGGAGAAGAUAUCAGUACCUAGCAUUUUAUCCAGGGAAGGGUUUAUAGCAAAUUCUUUUUCCAUGUGUUUUGGACAAGAUGGGGUUGGAAGAAUUAGUUUUGGUGACAAGGGCAGUCUCGAUCAGCAAGAGACCCCAUUUAAUUUGAACCCAUCACAUCCAACAUACAAUAUCAAUGUUACCCAAAUUCGAGAUCAAUUGAGACAAGAACUCGAAAUGGAUCCUGACUUGCCUGCUGUUUUGGUAAUGGGAGGUGGUGAAGGAAUGGGACCUGUAAAGAAGACUGCAAUGGCUCUUCGUGAAUCACUUUAUCACAAAGAAGCUGCCCAAAUCCUUAGCUUCUACUUUGUUACCUGUACCGUAUCUUUCAAUCUCAGGCUGGACCUGGUACAAUUGCUGAGGCCUUGA